ACAAAGGUCAAGAAAAUCUAACUGGUUUAUAGGGUGAACUUUGGUCCUUUGCUUCAGGUGAACCGAAGUCAGUAUUUCCUUUCGUUUGGAUCUGAAACGUCUAGCUGACCGCAAAAAGAGACACCAUGUUCAAGGUUUCUCUUAUAGUCUGUGUUUCUCUGAUAUUUGGCAUCACAGCAAAGCCAUAUAAACCCUGGAAUAAACUUAAAGAUGAAGCAUUCCACGAUACUGUUAUGUCCCUAGAUGACAAAGGAAAGAUGUCCUGGGGAGUGGAAGUGAAGCCUCCAAAGGACGUGGGUGGGACUCACAAUGACAUCGACCCUAGGAUGGUGAUUUGGAAGAGUAUGACAGGAAGGGAACAGGAAAAACAGCCCCCAAAGGCCGAAGAAGACUUGGAUGACCUGUACCAUCCUUCAGUGGCUGAUCUCCUCAAAGUUCGAAUCCAAAACCUGGACGUCCUCUCUGCCGCCGACAUCCAGGCAGAGCCCGCGCAGGAAUACGCCAACAUGAAGUACGAGAAGGAACCAGAUGACCACCCUGUUUUCAGUAAGUUGGCCUCAGAGGAACCUGAGCAGGACUGGGAUGAAGUCUACCACAAAGCGAGGGAGGAGCUGUAUGGAUAUCUAGUCCCACUAAUGGCCGAUUACAAAGCUGGUACAGAGGUCCGUGUCGCACACUCUGAACCAGAGAAGGACGAGGACGACCUGUAUCAUCGUGACGACCACGGCUCACCUGUGCAGAUGGAGCUGCUGAGACGUGCGGUCUGGGGUGAAAGCGAGGGCAGAGUUCACCUUCAACCAGAGGAGGACAUGGACGACCUGUACCACCAAGACCCCCUCCAGUCAAUCCCUUAUCAAGAUAACGCUCAAGCAGCCGCUCCUGUUGAUUUGCCGUCUCAGAGGAAGCACAGUGAACCAGAGGAAGAUCUGGAUGAUCUCUACCACCAGUGAACCUUCAACAACCACACAACCUGUGUAGAUCCUUAUCAUUUAAAAUCAGCAUAAAUAAGUCGUAAGUUUCUUUCUACUCCAUGAAACUGUCUCAAUACCUAAAUAAGAAUAAACACAUCUAAAUAUAAUAAUAUGUAUCUUGAUGAUAAAGACACUUCGACAAACUCAUCAAAGACUUUCCGUGUUUCAUUUAUUGAAAU